AUGGGCAAAUACAACCUUACAGCCCUCAAGGUACGACAGACCGCGCUCAACCAAUUCGCCAGUGGAAAGAUCAAGAAGCUGCCGCAAUGGGUCGAGGUGGUCGGUGAAAUCCCUCCAGCAGAGACUCUCGUUCGCACUCGCUCUCCGCAGCACCAGCUAGUCCGACAGCGGAAGAAGUCAGUUCCAGGACACGCCCACCCCCAAACCGUUUUCGAAGUCGAUGAGAACCGCCGGAGGCCAAAGAAGGCAAGCCACCUUUUCUCACCUGUUGAGUUGAAGUAUGAGGAGGAUGAACUGCGACAAACCUUUUUCCAAGACCACCCUUGGGAGCUUGCUCGUCCCCGUGUUCUCGUCGAAACUACCGGCAAGGACUUUACCAAACAUAACUGGCGGAACCUUCGGCAGCCAGGAAAGCAUUUAGAUGGUGAAAGUGUUGUCCAACGACAGCUUUGGCUCUUGAAUAAUGUCACAGAUAUGACCAAAAGCGCUGCGUACGAUAUCGCUCGUCGGGAAUUUUACAAACUUCGUUUGCAGGAGGAUAUUGAGCGCCGUGUGGCUGCAGAGGAGGCUGAAGCAACCGGUGCCAACUUCGGCCCUUCAUACCUGGAGAUCGGUAUGGAAUUGGAGAACCAACAACAUGAGAAGUGGAAGGACUGGGCAAGAACACAGGCCCAACUCUUCGAUCAGCAAACAGCCUCACUUGCCGGUGCUCCAGAAAUUCACACAGAGGCAGCGACAGCAGAGACAGUGGUGGAGGCGGUGACCUCCGAGGAAGAGGUUGCAGCUUAG